UAACCUUUAGUAUGUUUUCUGCCGCCGCUUGCGUAGGUGGUUUCCUUUAUAUUUAUAUAUAUAUCUAAAAGUAUUUACUGUGUAACAUAUUUUUUCAACUGUAACAAAAUGGACAAGAUAGAUAUUUUAGUUCUUGGCGCUACUGGCUAUACUGGGAGGUUUGUGACAAGUUUUUUUGCAAGAGUUCUGAAAGAUCCUGAAUACAGUGAUAUAAAAUGGGGAAUUUGUGGACGAUCCAAGGAAAAGUUGGAAAUAUUGAAAAGUGAAAUAUGUGGAACAGGAACAGAUGAAUCUAUAAUCGUUAUACUUGAGUGCGACAUUACAAAUAAGCAAGAUUUGAAGAAUGCUACACAAAGUACCAAGAUAAUUGUUAAUUGUACAGGCCCAUUCGAGAUUUUGGGCGAUUCUGUUCUGAACAGUUGCAUCGAAACCGGAACUCAUUAUGUCGAUAUAUCCGCUGAGUUACAUCAAAUGCUAAGUACAUAUCACAAAUACAACAAAUUAGCAGAGGAUGCCAAUGUACUCAUAGUCCCGUCCUGUGGAUUUGCGUCUAUUCCUGCUGAAAUUGGCUUAAUGUAUUUGGAAAAACAUUUUGCAGGUUUGCCAAAAACAGUGGAAUGUUAUAUCAGAUUAGACAUGCCAAAAAAAUGUCAAUGGGGUCUAGGAGACCACUGCCUUGUACAUUACGGUACUUGGGAAUCCCUUGUCCAUGUUCUGCACAAAAUGCCGAUAACCCUUGAGUUGAGGAAAGAAACUUUGGGUGACAUCAUUGAAUCCGAACCGCCAGAACUAAAAAGGUCAUUCUUGCACAGAAAAGACGGAAAUUUCUGGUUCCCGUACCCAGGCCCGGAUACUGAUGUCACUAACAUGUCACAAAAGUAUUUACACGAAAAAAAACAGAGAAAGCAUGUUUAUGUCAAGAAUUAUUGCCUCUUACCAAAGUUAUUUCACUUUUUAGUAAUAAUGGGAAUGUAUUUAUAUUACUACCUGAGCAGAUUCAAAUGCUUUAGGAAUCAGCUGUGGAAACACCCGAAAUUUUAUUCCCUUGGAUUUUUUUCUCAUAAAGGUCCAUCAGAAAAAAAUAGGAAAGGAACACAUUAUAGCUUUACUUUAACUGGGAAAGGAUGGGAUCACAAUACCCAAAGUGAUGCCACACCAAAUAAAUCCUUAUCUGUGAAGGUCUCAGGAAUCGAUCCGGGAUAUGAAACAACUGCAUUAGCGCUUGGUGUGUCUGCUAUCACACUGCUUAAGGAAUAUCCGAAAAUGCCAAAAGGCGGUGUAGUAAUGCCUGGUGCUGCAUUUAGAGAAACUAAUAUCAUUGAUAGAUUAAAUAAUAAUGGCAUGAAAUUUGAAAUCCUUUGAACAAUAAUUCAGACUUUUUAUAGCAAAGGCCGACAAAGUAGCAAGUAGUGUCACCAGUUAAAUUAAGUUGGGCCACUACUAUCUAUAAUUAAGAUUCAUACGUGCACUGCCGAACAUAAGGGAAAGGAAUAGGGAAUAACUACGAAGAGGAGCGGGGAUGUUCUUAUAUAAUGGGUCACUGGAAAUCUAUAAAUAAUAGAAACUCAAACAAUGUGAUAACAACUAAUUUACUAUAAGUACAUUCAAUUAUUUAUCUAUAUAGGUAGAGACUUUAUAAAGUCACCUACAUUUAAAGUGAAAAUUAUUAAACGUUUUGAAAAAA